CGCUCCGGGCAGCCCGGGCGUCCGUCUUUAGCCUGAAUGGCUCUCCCAGGCAUCCUAGUCCUCCUCUUGGUGGUCGGGAGCAGCGGUGAGCGGAACACCUCGCUUCCGGAGCCGUCCUCAGUGCCUGUGCCAACCAAUCUUAUAAUUAAGUCCUAUAACCUGAACCCCAUCCUGUACUGGAAGUACCGGAACACAUCAGCAACACCUGUGUUUAAUGUGCAAGUGAAAACCUACGAGAGUGCCAUGUGGAAAGAUGCCUGCAAUAAUAUCUCUCAUCAUUAUUGUAAUAUUUUUCACCAAGUCGAUGAUCCAUCAUAUCCUCUCUGGGCCAGAGUUAAAGCUAGGAUUGGACAAGAGGAAUCUGCAUUUGUGGAGUCAAGUGAAUUUAUUUUGUGUGAGCAAGGAAAGAUUGGACCACCUACACUGAAUGUUACAAGGAUAGAAGACAAAAUCAUUACUAAUAUAACUCAUCCUCUGGUUGUGCACAAUGGAGAAGUGAAGGGACCCAUAUGUGAUGAAGACGAUACUUGUUACUCAUUUGAUUAUUAUAUGUAUAUAAGAGUGAAUGGGAGUAAGAGCACAGAUAAAAAACCAGUGGGUGACGGUUGCGAUUGCGUUGAGUGCCAGUUAAGUAUUCCAGUGUCCUCGCUGAAUUCUGAGUAUUGCAUUUCAAUCGAAGGCGUCUCUCCUAGGUGGCGUGUUACAACUGAGAGGUCAAAGGAAGUGUGUGUUACCAUCAUCAAUGACAGUGUAAAAGAUGUUAUCUGGAUUCCAGUUGUUGCUGCUGUCCUGCUCUUUGUUGUACUGAUCCUGGUGUGUGUGUGCUGUCACAUGAAGAAGAUAAAUCCAUUUAAGAGGAAAAACAUAAUGUUACCUAAGUCCUUGCUCUCUGUGGUCAAAAAUGCCUCCAGUGAGACAAAACCCGAAUCCAAAAACGUGUCACUCAUCACCUCCAGCCAGCCGUUGGUCCCCGAAGGUGAGAAGGUCAUCUGUGAGGAGCAGUUGUCUCCAGAUGAGGAUCCAGGCACACACAAGGCAGAGAGUCUGGCGCCAGCAGAGCACACAGAGGAACUUUCUGGAGUAACGGUUAUUACCGAAGAAAUUGCUUCUGACGUGGUCCCUGCCAGGCCCCUGACUCCAACACAGAGAAAGAGCUCUUUCCAUUCAAGCAGCAACCUGUCGGAAAUUUGCAGCACCACCUCCAACUCCUGCCCCUCGCAGAAUGGUUCUGACAGUGGUGUAGUGGAGUCGGAGAGCCUGUCCAACUCAGAAUUCUCCCCCAACAAUGCUACGGAAGCAAAGCCACAAGCAGAGGAGACACCACUGCUGAGAAACACCCCCAGCUCGUUCGGCUACGAUAAACCGCAUGUGAUGGUGGAUCUGCUCGUGGGUGAGGACCCCAAGGAGUCCCUGAUUGGCUACAGACUGACAACAGAUUCCAAAGAGUUCUCCUAACACCAGCGAAGAUGCACCAGAGGGAGAAAUUGAACCAUUCCUGGGUGGUGGUUUCUGCUUUGAUUUCCUGGAAAAAAAAAAUCAUGUUCUCAGAAAUCGUGUCUUAGCUGGUGUUAAACAAAUGGAGUGUUUGGAUUUAGAUGAAAAUGUAAAAAUGCUAUUUUGCACUGUCAACAAAUGGUCUGAAAACUACAAAAACCCCUUUAAAAAAUACUGCUGUGGCUUGCAAAGCUUCCUGCGUAGACGGGUUUGCACUAACUUGUGAAAGCUCUCAGGCCCCCUGUGUCCCAGGAUCGGGUGAUAAGCCAGGGUCCUUUCUCACCACUGGAAGACACAGUGGAUGCUUUUCCUCUCCGUGCCUCCGUGUGGGAUUUGUUUAUGUACAUUUAUGUAUAUAGGAUUCAGACACCUAAUUUUAGAAGACAUGUCUAGAGCUUUUCAAAUUAGGUUUCAAAUUCAAACUAAUAGGAGAUGUAAAAAGUUGUAUAUAUUUUUGUGGAAGCUAUCAUCUAGAGAUUUUUAAAUAAAAUAUUUUAAAACCUA